GCGCAUGCGCGGGGGGGCGGAGCCAGCCGUAGUCCUGACGCGAAGGUCUUUUUGUUUGGGCCACUCCGACACUCGACACUUGCUUCUAUUUCACCUCCCGGUUCACAACCGUUUUUUAUCUGCAUUAAUUUCGGUGUCUUUUAUGAAUAAUCAAAAGCAGCAAAAGCCAACGCUUACCGGCCAGCGUUUCAAAACGAGGAAAAGAGAUGAAAAGGAGAGGUUUGACCCUACUCAGUUUCAAGAAAGUAUCGUACAAGGCUUGAACCAAACUGGCACUGACUUGGAGGCGGUCGCGAAGUUCCUUGAUGCCUCUGGCGCCAAACUCGACUACCGCCGCUAUGCAGAGACGCUCUUCGACAUCCUGGUGGCCGGCGGCAUGCUGGCCCCGGGCGGGACCCUGUCGGACGACCUGACCCGCACCGAGUUCUGCCUCUUCACGGCGCAGGAAGACCUGGAGACGAUGCAAGCGUACGCUCAGGUUUUUAACAAGCUGAUCAGGCGCUACAAGUACCUGGAGAAGGGAUUCGAGGAGGAGAUCAAAAAGCUGCUGCUGUUCCUGAAGGGGUUCACUGAGUCCGAGCGCAACAAGCUGGCCAUGCUGACCGGCAUCCUGCUGGCCAACGGCAGCAUAUCUGCCUCCAUCCUGAUCAGCCUCUACAACGAAAACCUCGUCAAAGAGGGAGUCUCCGCAGCCUUCGCCGUCAAGCUGUUCAAGUCGUGGAUCCACGAGAAGGACAUCAACUCUGUGGCCGGCAGUCUGCGUAAAGUGGGCAUGGACAACAGGCUGAUGGAACUCUUUCCUGCCAACAAGCGGAGCUGCGAGCAUUUUUCUAAGUACUUCACCGACGCCGGGCUGAAGGAGCUGUCCGACUUCGCCCGCAACCAGCAGUCGAUCGGCGCCCGCAAGGAGCUGCAGAAGGAGCUCCAGGAGAUGGUGUCCCGCGGGGACCCCCAGAAGGAGAUCAUCGCCUUCACCAAGGAGGAGAUGAAGAAGGCCAGCCUCUCUGAGCAGGCCUUGAUCAGCAUCAUCUGGACCAGCCUGAUGAGCUGCGUGGAGUGGAACAAGAAGGAGGAGCUGGUGACCGAACAAGCCAUCAAACACUUGAAGCAAUACAGCCCUCUGCUGAAAGCCUUCACCUCCCAGGGUCUGUCUGAGCUCAGCCUGCUGGUGAAGAUCCAGGAGUACUGCUACGACAACAUCCACUUCAUGAAGGCUUUCCAGAAGAUCGUGGUGCUCCUCUACAAAGCUGACGUGCUGAGCGAAGAGGCCAUCAUGAAGUGGUACUCUGAAGCCCACCUCGCCAAGGGGAAGAGCGUCUUCCUCGAGCAGAUGAAGAAAUUCGUGGAGUGGCUGAAAAACGCCGAGGAAGAGUCUGAAUCGGAUGAAGAGGAGGCGGACUGAAGCCUUCAUCACCAGACGAGCUUUUCCUCCCAUUUGUUUCUUUUGGUUUUUUUUGUUUUGUUUAUUUCGGUAGCAGCAGGAGCCGUAGAAUGUCUCGACCCUUCCUCUACUACCUCCUGUUACUGAUUUAUCUCCACAAACACUCACUCUUACGACCGAAACGUUUAAGCAGCAUUUAGAAAGCAAACGCUCCUCGUCGAGGAGUCGCAGCUCCCCCCCCCCCUGUGGAGUCAGAAAAGAAAAAACAAACACGAAUUCUGAUCUCCUGAUUCAUUUCAAACGCCUUCUGUAAUCUGGAUCCGAGGAUUCGACGUGAUCUCAGCCGCCUGGUCCCGACGCAGGAUCGGGUUUAUAUUUAAGUUAAAGCCGUGCGACUGCAAGGCUGACAAAUGUAAUCAGUUUUGCCAAAGUUCUUUUUCCUGUCCCGCUUUCCUUUAACUUUAUCUUUUUUUUCUUUUAUUUUGGCAAGCUCAGUUUAUUUUUAUUUCUCUCUCCUGUUUCUGGUCAGUCAGUCGGAAGAAACGCCCCGCCCUGUAAGAUGCCUGGCCAGCCACCUGAUUAUCGUCAGUUUAUACUUUCUUUAAUCUGAUAUAAACCAAUUUGACUUUUUUAUGAAAUAAAGAUUAUUGAAACGCUU